GUCGUCUGGGCGGGCGGCCGGCCGCAGGUAGAGCCAGGAGGAAGCGGUCCAAUCACCCAAUCUCUGGGCAGUCGAGUGCGGGUCGCCGCCGCGUGUGGGGAUACCGUGCGAGCCGUGCGGGGCUGUCUCCUGCCUGUGAGGGUCGGGUUUCCACAGGAGCACCCUCACUACAGGGUGGCCAUAGGUGAACGGCCUGUGUCGGCAACACCCGGCCUCGAGGCCACAGAAGUCGGAUCGGUCUCCAGUUGCCGGUACCGUCUUCGUGUUUCCAGGGGGGUACACAGUCGCAGUUCGGCUUGUACCCACUCGCGGUAACGGCCUCGAACAGUGUGACGUCCACUUCUCUGUCUUUCUGGAUCUAGUGUGACUGAGUGCCGGCAUCGACUAAGUGUAAUCGCCUGGAAAGUCAUCGACUUGACAACCAGUGACGUCAUCAUCAAAUCGUCCUGUGACGUCAUCAGUGUCGUCACUCAUUACCGUCAUCGGUCAGCUCAACCAGUGUGUCAGCCAUGUCUGAAUGGGGCGGCUCAACGGAGCCUCUGCCGGGUCCCAGUGAGGCCACGGAGACAGCUCCGCUUAAUCCGCGCUUCAGACAGUAUAAUCUCGGCACCCAGGGCAGGAGGACUCGGAGUCAGAAGCUGCUACUCGCUCUGCUAGGGCUGAUUACGACAGUGGGCCUGUUUCUUGGCCUGGUGUUCGGGCUAACCAAGUCACCAAAUCAGAUCAACAUUUCGGAGGUCGGAGGACUAAGUGCGCCGCCUGGAGAGGAGCUGCUACUGCUGACCAGGAACAGAUGGCCUAUACUAGAUGUAUCCAGCGCCGGCCACCUCCUCAGUGGGGUCCGUCCUCUCUCCAUCUCCAAGGAGUACCUCAGCACGGUCCGCAACAGCAGUCUGCUGCGUCUGAGUCAGCUGGACAAGUUGGAGACCCGGCUGAAGCAGAAGGGUGUUCAGCCGGCGCCACACUCAGCCAGUCAUCGUCAUCAGCAGCUGUUCAUGAGCACCAGCAGCAGAGCGAGAGAACACGCACGGGACGGCAUGGUCAACAACUGGGCAGCGCAGAUCAUCACGCGAGACUACAACCUCAGUUCACCAUGGACGGAGCGGGUGAGCCAACUGAUCCCAGUUCGCACACCAGACAUCUGCCGAGCUCCCCCUCCUAGCUGUAACGCCAGCUACCCGUACCGCACGGCCAACGGCACCUGUAACAACCUGCAGAAUCCGCUGUGGGGGUCGGCGUUCAGGGCGUUCAGAAGGGUUCUUCAGCCGGAUUAUGAGGAUGGAGUCUCGUUCCCUCGCUCGGCCGACGACGGCGGCUACCUCCCGGCGGCCCGCCAGGUCUGCCGUCACAUCUUCACUGACGAGUAUCACGGUGAUACCACGCGGAGUCUACUGAUGAUGCAGUGGGGACAGUUCAUUGAUCAUGAUCUGACCGCCACGGCCGCCUCCAAAGGCAGCGGUGGUGCGCCGAUCCGCUGUUGUGGUCCCGACAUCGACAACGACCCCACCCUGCUCCACCCCGAGUGUGCGCCGCUGCUCAUCAGUUUCGAGGACCCGCAGUUCGCCAAGCUGAACGUCUCCUGUCUGGAUUUCGUCCGCUCGGCGCCGGCACCGCUGUGUACUUAUGGCCCUCGUCAGCAGAUGAACCAAAUCACCUCAUUCCUGGACGGCUCCAAUAUCUACGGCUCCAGUGACGAACAAUUACACUCCCUGCGAAACCACACCGGCGGGCGCAUGGCCGUUCAAACCCUCAGCGAUGGACGACGUCUUCUGCCUCCCAGCAAAGACGCCUCCGAUGGCUGCAACCGAGCAGACGCCAUGGCCGGAGGACAAUACUGUUUCGUAUCCGGAGACGCUCGAGUAAAUGAGCAGAUAUCCCUAACUAUCACGCAUACCCAAUGGGUACGGCAGCAUAAUAUGAUCGCGGAAGAGCUGGCUGAUAUAAAUCCCCACUGGGAUGAUGAGAGGCUGUUCCAAGAGAGCAGGAAGAUAACGGUGGCCAUGAUGCAGCACAUUACGGCUAAUGAGUACCUGCCGCUACUUCUCGGCGAGGAUCUGGCGCAGUCGGCCAGUCUGCUCCCUCAGACGGAGGGCUACUUCACCGGGUACUCUGAACAGAUCGACCCCACCAUCUCAAACGUGUUCGCUACGGCCGCUUUCCGAUUCGGCCACAGCCAGAUUCAGGGCCUGAUCAAGAUGGUGGGCGCGUUCAGUAAGACUGAGGACUUUAUCCAGCUCCACCGUCUGUACUUCAACCCGUUCCGCCUGUAUCAGGACACAAAGAUGACCAGUCUGGUGCGGGGACAGCUGAAUACCUGCAGCCGCGCCACGGAUGGACAUCUGACCUCUCAGAUCACGACGCACCUAUUCGAAGCCGAGAACGCCACCACUGGCCUGGACCUGGGAGCGAUCAACGUGCAGCGGGGCCGCGACCACGGCCUGCCCCCGUACAACGCCUGGCGCCGACGGUGUGGUCUGCCACCGGUCACCAGCUUUGAGCAGCUGAGGGCCAUUGUGCAGCAGCCAGAGCAGGUGGACCAUGUGCAGAUGCUGUAUAGAUCCAUUGAGCACGUAGACCUCUACGUCGGCGGUCUACUGGAGCGACCUCUGGAGGGCGCCGCCGUCGGACCCACCUUUGCCUGCCUGCUCACUGAUCAGUUCGUCAGACUGAAGGCCGGUGAUAGGUUCUGGUACGAGUCGGGAGACCCCAGCGUCCGAUUUACGCCAGACCAACUACAGGAGAUCCGUAAGGCCAACCUCGCCCGCGUGUUGUGCGACACCUCCGAUGACAUUCGGCGUGUUCAGGAGCGUCCGAUGUUGCUGCCCUCUGAGGACAACAAACCACAGCCCUGCGGCUCCGUGGCCCUUCCUGUCCUGGACCUCGGCUACUGGGAGGAGAUAGUGGAUGAAGAUGAUGGAAAUGAUGAUGGAAACGAUGAUGGAAGUGAUGAUGGAAACGGUGCUGGAAAUGAUGCUGGAAAGGAAGCUGAAGCAAAUGAUGAAGCAGGCAAGAAACGGCGUAAAUCUUGGCACAGAAGGCACUGAAGUAGGACCAUGAAUAGGACUUCUAGCUUACAAGAGAAGAUGAUUGGAGGACGGAGGUGAAGGUGUUCAGAUGAAGAAACGAAAGAAGCUAUGGAUGACAUAUUUUAAGACGGAUGAGAUAAAUGCUCAGAGAUUUGAAUGAAUAUGAUGCGUAGUAACUGCAGUUGUAAUUCGUCUUGCUGGUGAUUGGGUGAAAAUCAUGAGGUGAAUUGAUGGUACGAGGAUGCUGAUCGGGAAACCGUUAGUGUAAGAGCUAUAACAACGCUUCUGGCGCCGGAAGUCGAAAGAGGCUCUAUUCAUGACGCAAAUUGUCCAGAGAGUUGACUCCGAGAGCCUGAUCCAUGCCGUGGAUGAAACAAAACGAUGAUGACCGACGUCUAAACAUCAACAGAUAACAACUAGCAGUGGUCUGACCUGGAGCUAAUGUGUGCCACAAGGCACAAGCUGUAUUCAAUAAGCUCCUAUGACACCAUUGGAUGUGACGAAAAACUAACCUAGUUCUCUUGCCGAUGGCGUUGACAGGAUAGAGUGGACCUCUAGUCGAGUGAUUUCAAGUUAAUGAGAACAAUUACUCUGUUAACGCGCGUUUGGUGAAGGUUUGUCCAAUAGCUUGGCUCCUUUUUGUAAAAGAGGCUUUUCUGCUGACAUGCUAUUCUCGCUUUGAGUUUAUGUUAUACUUGCUGUCGUUUCGUAAGAUGUUUGUUGAAGAGCGCACUAGCGGUGUGCUGCAUUCGAUGGAAGAUUUCCUCAGUUAUGCAGUGAAAGCUGAAAUCGUAAGGCGAUGGUCCGUCUUCCUUGCCCAAUUGUCUUGAACCAGACUGGGCGUCAUGUUUUGUACCUUUUGUACCUGUUGUCGUGCAGCUAUUGUCAUAUGUUUAACAAUGCAUCCAGUAUAGGAAGCGGGGCAGCUUGUGACUUGCGUUCGAUUAAUUAACAAAUCGUGCCAUUUCAGAAAGAAUAGUGACCAUCAAGUGCCAUAUGUUGCCAGGAAAUAUAAUAAUACACAUAUAUGCCCUCCGGAGUCCCUUGUGAAUAUGUAGGUAUAACGUCCUGUGGCGAUAAAGCACCGUUUUAGUUUAUUUGGCGUGCUUUCUCUUUUGUUAUCUGAUGGUGCCGGACAUCCAUAUCGACUUUGAAUACAUAUCUUUAUCAAAU